AGUUGGUGGAUCGGGGUUGGACGUACAGCUAAUCUGCAGUGCAGUCUGGGAACUGUCAAUCGUUUAGCUUUUGUAUAUCCAGUGAUGGAGAGCUGAAAUAAUUCACCACAGUUUAUUUAUACACAGAGGAACAGUUCGAACAGAAAUGAGAAUAUGUAGAAUAUAAUUAGCUACCAUCUGCUUCUAAAGUGUUCUUGUCAAGAGACCUGAAUUACAUGAAAGGGUGACAACAAAACCGGGCCCACCUUUAAAACACUCUGCUAAACAGCUAGCAUACAGGACACAUUACUGACGUUGUCAGCCGUUUUUAUUCAUCGACUUGGAUAUAUGGUUGAAUGACAGUCGCUUCUCCGUUAACGGUGUGAUGUACGUAUGUGUGGCUGGUCCUGUUCAUUAGAGUACUAACCAGACAGGAGAAUGAAUGCAGAGGAAGUGGAGCUCCUCAGCGACUCAAAGUACAGGAACUAUGUGGCAGCAGUGGACAAAGCCCUCAAGAACUUUGAAUACUCUAGUGAGUGGGCAGACCUCAUCUCUGCACUGGGCAAACUCAAUAAGGUUUUGCAGAACAAUGCAAAAUAUCAAGUUGUUCCCAAGAAGCUGACGAUAGGCAAACGGCUGGCUCAGUGCCUCCACCCUGCCCUGCCCAGUGGGGUCCACCGCAAAGCCUUGGAGACCUACGAGAUUAUCUUCAAGAUCAUUGGACCUAAGAGACUGGCCAAAGAUCUCUUUCUGUACAGCUCUGGGCUCUUCCCUUUACUCUCCAAUGCUGCUAUGUCUGUGAAGCCUGUGCUGCUGGGGCUCUACGAGACCUACUAUCUGCCCCUGGGCAAGACGCUAAAGCCAGGUCUGCAAGGGCUGUUGACCGGGGUUCUGCCUGGUCUGGAAGAGGGUUCAGAGUAUUACGAUAGAACCAACACCUUGUUGGAAAAGGUGGCUGCAGCAGUGGAGCAGUCAGCCUUCUAUUGUGCCUUGUGGGGCAGCAUCCUGACCAGCCCUGCGGUUCGUCUUCCUGGGGUGUCCUUUGUUCUGCUUCACCUCAACCGGAAGCUCUCCAUGGAGGACCAGCUGUAUGUCAUGGGCAGUGACAUCGAGCUGAUGGUGGAGGCGGUCAGUACAUCAGUCCAGGACUCAAGCGUUUUGGUGCAGAGGAGCACACUGGACCUGAUCCUUUUCUGCUUCCCCUUCCAUAUGAGUCAGGCUACCCGACCUGAUAUGAUCCGGAUCCUGUGUGCAGCUUUACAUGUGGUUUUAAGAAGAGACAUGUCCUUGAACCGCAGACUCUACGCCUGGCUGCUGGGCUUUGACAACAAUGGGGUGAUAAUAGGCCCCCGCAGCACUCGGCAGAGCAACCCAGAGGAGCAUGCUAGCCACUACUUUAACAGUUACUCCAAGGACAUGCUGGUCCAGGCUAUGGUAGGAAUACUGCAGGGCAAGGCCCGAGGUGGAGAAGAGGAGAGCAUCCUCAUGCAUGACCUCAAGCCAUUUCGUAUCCUGAUCAGUCUUCUGGACAAACCGGAACUAGGGCCUGUGAUCCUAGAAGAUGUUCUGAUUGAGGUUUUCCGGACUCUUCACACACAGUGUCGAGCAGAGUUAGACCUUCAGAACCAGAGUCCGUUCAGCAAAGACCACACACACCUCAGCAGUAAACUACGAGAGAACAAGAAGACAGCAGAACUGAUUAAAACAGCCAAUCUCUUGUUCAACUCCUUUGAGCCAUAUUUUAUGUGGGACUACAUCGCUCGCUGGUUCGAGGAGUGCUGCAGGAGGACAAUGACCAGCAGCACGUGUGCUGCACUGCAUGCUGGGAGUUUAGAUCCCCCUGAGCUGUCUUUGGUGGAGUUUUGUCAGCUGGUGGAUUUUCUGCUGGAUAUUGUGUCCUUGCCUACUAGAAGCAUGAGGGUAAUCUGCCAGGAAACGUACAUAGAAAUCCAGACGGAGCACCUCCCUCAGCUGCUGUUGCGUAUGGUGGCAGCUCUCACCUGUCACCUGCAGGCUCUGGGCCUCGAGGAGCUCACCCACUGCCUUCGUCUCUGCUCCAAGAUCCUCAGCAAAGUGCAGCCUCCGCUGGUGUCCCCUCUGGCCCUGCCAAUGGGCCCCCAAGCUCAGGGCCUCUCCAACUCCACCUGCAACUUGUCAAACUCUGCAAGGGACAAAAGCAGAGAUGUGGAGGACAAACAGACUCAUUGCUCUACUCUGGAGAUACCUGGCAGUGGGGAGGUGUUCGAUGAUGGGGAGAACCCUCCCAGCAGUCGCUCCUCUGAAAGUGGCUUCACAGAUUUUGUCCAGUACCAGAGAGAUGGCCCAGAGGAGACAUUGCAAACCCCCCAUUCCCACCCUGUGCUCAGAACAGGCAGCCGCUCCUCUGGCCUGUGUCAGACCAAACCUUUAGAUAAACCAGUCAUGCAGUGCUGCCUGGAGCACUUUCAGCAGUUUCUCUCCCGGCUCGUCACCUUGUACAUCAUCCCUCGACAGGUGGAGAAAGCUGAGGGUCCGAGAGGUGAACUCGUGCCCUCAGGAACGCUGGUUUCAGAGGUCUCCCACCACGGUGACCAUGUAGAGUCAAGCUCAGGUUCUGGGAUGGUCCAGAGGGAGCGCAUUGCUGCCUUCACUGCUGCCUGUCAACUCUUCUUAGAAUGCUCCAGUUUCCCAAUCUACAUCGCAGAGGGCAAUCUCAAGUCCUCCCCCACUCAGGAGGAGCAGUCUGACAGUGAGCUGGUCCGGCUGCCGCUGUGGCUGCAGACACUGAUGGAUGCCUGCUGCCUGGCCAGUGACUUCAGCCUCCAGGGCGUUGCCAUCUCCCUGCUCAUGGACUUAGUAGGACUUACUCAAUCAGUUGCCAUGGUUACCGCCGAGAGCGUGGCAUCUGCUAGCAGCUCUGAGCCUGCCCAGCCCAUGAGUCCCAGCCAGGGUCGUGUAGCUGUUGUCAUCAGGCCUCCACUCACUCAGGGAAUCCUAAAAUACAUCGCAGAUAAGACGGAUUUCUUCAAGACUGUUGCUCUGAUCUUGUGGGACCAAUUGGGUGAAGGGACACCUCAGCAUCAUCAGCGGAGCGUGGAGCUCUUCUACCAGCUUCAUAACCUGGUUCCUUCAUCCAGUAUCUGUGAGGAUGUCAUCAGCCAGCAACUUAUGCACAGGGACAAGAGAAUUCGUUUGGAAGCCCACGUGAAGUUCUCUGUGUUGUGGCAUUUAACCCGAGAUUUGAACAUCACCAAGUCUUCUCCUUUCAGUCGCACAUUUGACAGGUCUCUGUUCAUCAUGCUUGACAGCUUGAGUUAUUGGGAUCCGUGCACCAGUGCGGUUGGUCGGGCUUGGCUGAAUCAGGUCCUCCAGAGACAUGACAUUGCAAGGGUCCUUGAACCACUUCUGCUUCUUCUGCUCCACCCCAAGACCCACAGAGUCUCUAUUCAGAGGGUACAGGCACAGCGCCACUGGGCCCGGGUGUUCCCUGAUCCACCUGAACAGGAUACAUCAGAACCAGUCCAAACCAGAGACUCUGGCUUCUCUGACAACUUCAUUCAAAUCCAAAGUGAAAGGGUUGGACAGGAGGAGCUCCGGGGCCUGGAAAUGAGUGACAUGGAGCCUUUCUGCCUGACCGUCAACCCUUUGAGUGACAGCUUGUCCAUUCUGAGCCUGAGCAGUGAAAACUUGCAAUUAUCUGGUGAAUAUCAGCCUGCUGACCAGCAGGGGGAGCCACAGAGCUCAGAGUCCAGUGGUUCUCAUUCAUCUACAGUCGAAAACGGCAGCUUGGAGGAGGCAGACACAGUAAACGGCUCAGAGCAACAGCCUGGCUCCUCAGAUGACCUGUCUGAAGACUCCAUGGAGGAAGUCGUGUCCUGUGUUGUUAAAGACCUCAUCGACAGAGUUCUGAAUCUAAUAGAUGAGGAAUCUCAUGAAGUGUCAUCUCAGCCUGAAAACUGGCCCCAAACUGAUACUGAUAGUACUACUUCAGAUUCUUCCACUGGUCCUCGAGUGGACCCCUGUCCUCCUCACAACUCCAACCACCAGACAGUGCCGGAGAUGUUAGCUGGAGGAACGCUGGAGUUCUUCUCUGUCACACCAGCUGAAACAUCAGCUGAUGAGCGGCACAAAGAGGGCAUCGCCCGCCAUAGUUCAUCACCCUCCAUCGUCAUGCUGCCUGACAGCUCUGAUCCAGCCACCCCAGACCACACCCUCCAGGUGGAUGACCUCCAAGCCCGCAAGCGUAGCCAUAGCAGCACUCAGCUCAGCCUCAAGGGGAAGAUCAUGGAGAGGCUUGCAGACAAAUCUCCAGGGGCAAAGCCAAAGAUCAAGAAGACUAAGAGGAAAGAGGAGGAGAGGCUAAGAAAAGCAGCAAUUCAAGCCGAAAAGAUGCAUCCACCCAGUAUUUUCUUCGGGGACAGUUUGGAUUUGGAGAACUGGUACAGCUGUGGAGAAGGUGAGGUGUCAGAGAUCGAGAGUGACAUUGGCUCACCAAGUGGGGGCUCAGGAGGAGCUGUCGGUGGUGUCAGUGUCACAGGACGCAGAUCUUCUUCUGCUCCACCUCAUUUCAACAUCCAUCCUCUCUACCAGCACGUCCUUCUCUACCUCCAGUUGUAUGACUCCUCCAGGGCCUUGCAUGCCCUGUCAGCCAUCGCAGCCAUGCUAAGAGCUGCUCCCUCGGGCUUUGUAAGUGCUAUCUCCACCACCAGCAUCAAUAACACCUACACUCCACAGCUCUCUUUGCUUCAAAACCUACUAGCCCGUCAUAGGGUCUCCGUCAUGGGCAAAGACUUUUACUGUCCUAUUCCCCAGGACUCCCACUCCCAUUCCUUCCGCAGUGCCAUGUAUCUGGAGAUCAUCAUCUCGCUUUGCCUCUACUUCCUAAGAAGCUAUUAUUCUGCCCAUGUGACAGCAGGACCUCAGGAUUUGGCAGGGAACAGGGCCAUGCAGCUGACCAGUGUGGAGGUCUUAACUCUUCUCUUCAGUGAGUUAUCCAAAGUCACAGGUGGCUCAGCUAAGGGCUUUGCUAGUUUCAUCAGCGACAUCCUCUCAAAGUGCAAAGUUCAGAAGGUGAUUCUCCACUGCCUGCUCUCUUCUAUAUUCAGUGCUCAGAAGUGGCAUGAACAGCAGUCGGCAGUAGUUAACAUGGCCACCGUGGAGGAAGGUCUCUCUGAGGACAGCGUCAUCAACAUGUCAGAGGACCAGAUAGACAGCUGUAGUGCCGUCCAGUCCCAGCUGCUCAGACUGCUGCAAAGUCUAGUUGUUCUUGAGCACAGAGUCCUGCUGCCACUUGAUGAAGGAGGAGAAGGGGGACCUGUGGGAGGAGGGACAGGUGGUGGAGGGACUGGAGGCAGUGGGGGGUCAGGAUUUGAGAUCCUAGGUGGGGAAGUGGAGCAUGUCAACCCUCAGCAGCCAAUGACAUCGCUGCAGUACCUUCAUGGACAGCCUAUUACAGCACAGGGGAUGUUCCUGUGUGCAGUGAUAAGGGCUCUGCAUCAGCACCACACCUGUAAGAUGCAUCCCCAGUGGAUAGGACUCAUCACUGCCACUCUACCUUACAUGGGGAGAGUGCUGAGGAGGGUGGUGGCCUCAGUGACUCUGCAGCUGUGCAGAAACCUGGAUAAUCUUCUCCAGCAGUACCGUUACGAGAUUGGGAUAACUGACACCAGACCACAGUGGAUGGCUCUUUGUAUUCCUCCCGACCUGAUUCUCACUGUGCUGGAGGGGGUGACAUCCAUCAUCCACUACUGUCUGCUGGAUCCCACUUCCCAGUACCACCAGUUGCAAGUGAGUGUUGACCAGAAGCACCUGGCUGAGGCUCGUUCGGGCAUCCUGUCCAUCCUGCACACCAUCAUGUCGUCUGUCACCCUGCUGUGGAGCAUCCUCCACCAAGCUGACAACUCUGACAAGCCAGCUGCUGCCUCUGCAGCGUCCACUUCCAAUAUUAACCUGGGCUCCACUAAAAACCUCCGUCAGCAGAUCUUGGAGCUGCUUGGUCCAAUUUCCAUGAACCAUGGAGCUCAUUUCAUGGCAGCAGUAGCCUAUGUUUGGAAUGAGCGGAAGCAGGUCAAGACCCCAGUGAGAAAUAAGGUGAUUCCUGUAGCCAGUGAGGAGCAGCUUCUACUGGUUGAGCUGGUGCGUUCAGUGAGCGCCAUGCGCACCGAGACUGUCAUGCAAACGGUCAAAGAGGUUCUAAAGCAGCCGCCUGCCAUCGCAAAGGACAAGAAACACCUUUCUUUGGAGGUCUGCAUGCUGCAGUUCUUCUAUGCUUAUGUACAGAGGAUUCCCAUUUCCAACUUGGUUGACAGUUGGCCGUCUCUGCUGGCGCUGCUGAAGGACUCUGUACAGUUGGGUCUGCCUGCUCCUGGACAGUUUCUCAUCCUAGGAGUUCUGAAUGAGUUUAUUUUGAAGAACCCUAAUCUGGAGAGUAAGAAGGACCAACGAGAACUGCAGGAUGUUACUCAUAAGGUGGUGGAGGCCAUUGGGACGAUAGCUGGUUCCUCUUUGGAGCAAACCACAUGGCUGAGGAGGAACCUGGAGGUGAAAGCGUCUCCUCAGAUAGUUGUGGAUGGAACCAACCUGGAAACUGAUGUAGAAGAUUUAAUGCUCACAGUGAUGGAGGCCUCCAGCUUCACUCCAUCAGUGUACAGCGUUCACGCCCUCACACUGUUGGCCGAGGUGCUGGCUCAUCUGUUGGACAUGGUGUUCUACAGUGACGAGAAGGAGAAGGUCAUCCCACUGUUGGUUAAUAUCAUGCACUAUGUAGUGCCCUACCUCCGCAACCACAGUGCACACAACGCCCCCAGCUACCGGGCUUGCAUCCAGCUGUUGAGCAGUCUUAGUGGGUACCAGUACACCCGCCGUGCCUGGAAAAAGGAAGCCUUUGACCUCUUCAUGGACCACACCUUCUUCCAGAUGGAUGCCUCCUGCGUGAGCCACUGGAGAGCGAUCAUCGAUCACCUAAUGACUCACGACAAGACCACGUUCAGAGACCUCAUGACCCGAGUGGCUGUAGCUCAGAGUAGCUCUCUGAGUCUGUUCACCAACAGAGAUGCUGAGCUGGAGCAGAGGGCCAUGCUGCUGAAACGACUAGCCUUUACUAUCUACAGCAGUGAAGUUGACCAGUACCAGAAAUACCUGCCAGACAUACAAGAGCGCCUGGUAGAGAGCCUGCGUCUGCCUCAGGUGCCCAUUCUUCAUGCUCAGGUGUUCCUGUUCUUCAGAGUGCUGCUGCUGCGCAUGUCACCUCAACACCUUACCUCACUGUGGCCCACCAUGAUCACCGAGCUGGUUCAGGUGUUUCUAUUGAUGGAGCAAGAGCUAACAGCAGAUGAGGACAUAUCAAGGACAUCAGGACCAUCUGUUGCUGGGUUGGAGACUACCUAUUCUGGAGGGAACGGCUUCUCCACCUCCUACAACAGCCAGCGCUGGCUCAACCUUUACCUCUCUGCCUGCAAGUUCCUGGAUCUGGCCUUGGCUCUGCCUCCUGAGAGCCUGCCUCAGUUCCAGAUGUACCGCUGGGCCUUCAUCCCAGAGGCCUCAGAUGAUUCAGGACUGGAGGUGAGACGUCAGGGGACCCAUCAGAGAGAAUUUAAGCCCUAUGUGGUCCGUCUGGUCAAGUUGCUGAGGAAACGGGCCAAGAAAAACCCAGAGGAGGACUGCUCAACCAGAACCCUGUCCUGGGAGCCAGGCCACCUGAUGAUAACCCUCUACGUCAUCCGCAGCAUGGAGCAGCUGCUGCCCUUCUUCAACCUGCUCAGCCAGGUGUUCAACAGCAAGGCCAGCAGCCGCUCAGGUCCCACCUACUCCCACAACCCCGCCAAUUCCUCCUUUCCCAGCCACAAGGAGGGCCACAAACUUGAGAGCCAGAAGGUCUUCUGGAGUCGUGCUCGACAGAACAUCGAGGAGAUGGUGGAGAAAGACUUUCUAGAGGGACUCAUCAAGACGUGAGAACAGUGCAGGGGGAGGGGGAGGGGAUUAACACUUAACUGACCACUAGUGAAAAACCUCAACUUGUACAUUCAAGAACAAUAAUGGGGGAUUUAAAAACGUGGGAAUAUUCUGUAAAUUCCUUUUGUAUUUAUGAUGACUUCACUUUUGAAAAGCUACUGUAUUUAAUUUUAAUUAUUUGUAUAUAUGGAGCAGUUUUGAUGAGUUUUAACAUUUCAUGUGGGUCCGUUAGGACAGAGUGUAGAUGCUGUGGCAUUCCAUAUCAAUGUGAUUUAAUAAUAAAGAUUUCUAAUAAGAAA